CAACGCGCCCCACGAGGCGAAUCCAAAAAGGCCGCCGGAUGGGAGACACCGCAAGCACUAACAAGCAAGGGGGCGCAGGAGAGGCUGGACUCCUUCAAUGACAGGUUUGAAGCUAUAUGUCAGAAAUUCUGGUGCCGGCUUGCCAACCAACCUAGGGGGAUAUCACCCCCAGCAACCCCGGGGCCCCACAAGGACGCUCUUGUAACUAGCCUCCCACCCCAGCCAGAGGCUUCUCUGGAGCAUAGCACACGUCUGCCCACACCUCCAGCAGCACAGCUGGAUG